UGAGCAUGAGUUUCGUUUCCUUCAUUUCUUUCAUUCCUAUCAGCGCAGAGGUGAUUUGUAGGCUGUGUGGUCCAGUGGUUAAAGAAAAGGGCUUGUAAUCAGGAGGUCCCCAGGUCCAAAUCACACCUCAGCCACUGACUCAUCGUGUGACCCUGAGCAAGUCACUUAACCUCCUUGUGCUCCGUCUUUUGGGUGAGACAAUAUUGUAAAUGACUCUGCAGCUGAUGCAUAGUUCACACACCUGAGUCUCUGUAAGUUGCCUUGGAUAAAGGCAUCUGCUAAAUAAACAAAUAAUAAUUCAUCAUGGAGAAUGCACCAGACCAGCAGCUUGAUGAAAGAAGGUGCUGCACAGCAUCUUCUUUCUGGGCAACAUUCACAAGAACAAAAUUAUGCCUACAGAUUUCUUUGCAGAGAAAGAAUUUUCACAACUAUACAACAAGUUUUCAAAACCUUUUAAUGAAUUCUGCACCCACCUGCCAACCCGCACACCUUUUUCCAUCCUCCUUGAUGUGGUGGUAAAGAUUAAAGGCAGUCAAAAUGAAAUAGAGGUAAUGGAGUACCUUUUGACUUUAUUAAAACAACUGAAUGUGCCAAAAAAACCAUAUUUCAACUAUUACACCUUGGAGGCCACUGUCAUCUGCAUUUGUCAUUAUGAAAUGACAGGGGGAGAAACAACGAACAAGUUCUAUGGAGCCUCCCUGUCCUGCAAGGGGCUUAGAGAGCAGCAGGUCAUCAUUUCCCUCUCGUGUCGACACACAUGGACUCUGAAAGUGGCUUACGCAGUGGCCCUUGCAGAUGAAGGUGGUGCCAUCCAGCUUCCACAAACAGUGAAAUGCAAAGCCUUUAAAAGAAUCAGGGGAAAUGACCGCUAUUGUGAAAAACCUCCAUGCAAAAAUUGCAUUACUAUAUUCAAAGGAGCUACGUUCGAGCCUUGUCACAGUGAAGCCGAUGAAGAACCAAAGUGGCCCUAUGGCAACUGUGCUGAAACAGAGUCUCUCAGCAAACUCCUCAAUGCAGAUCCAGCACUCUGUGAACAAGUACAAGUUCUGAAGAACAACAUGACAGCUGACCUAGACCUUGAAAAAUACACAGUCUGGAAAAAUGCCACGAGCAGGCUGGUAGAGCUGCUUAGAGGGACAGAAUAUGUGCGUAAUGGCAAUGAUAUUCUGUUCUUUGUCCCCUAACCCUCCCCUCCGAGUCCUUUUUAGCUCCACUCUGCCAGUAUGGCAUGUAUCUUGUAAAAACCAGCUAAUUCCUGAUCCCUCCUGAUCUACAUGUGCUAUGAAUGAUUCUCUUGUACUAUCUGGAGAUCCAGAUACCUCAGGCUGUAGUAAUUGGUCUGUGUGGUAGUAAUUUAGGA